AAUAAAAUGUUGGGUUAAAAUGGACUCUUUGUUUUUUACUCUGUGGUAGAAACAAAGAGAUGGGAGGAGUGUAGAGCUGAGUGAGUGUUGUUUGUAGAGGAGGAACUCCAUCAUUUAGAGAAGUGACAAGUUCCUGGUUUGCUAGUGAAGAAAGAAGAGAAGCAGCGUUCAGCCUCAAGAUGAAAGUCAGAAACACUUGGAUAUUCUUCUUCUUCUUCUUCCUUGCUCUGCAGGAUGGAAACACUGGUCUUUUUAAUGGAAGAAUCCAUCCAGGAAAAGUAGGAGGAAACAUCACAGUUGGAUGUUCAUUUUCAUUAUAUGGAAGCAGGAGGUUGUUCUGUAGGAAUAAAUGUAAAGAAGGAAACAUUCUCAUUGACACAACUGAGGACAAAGCUCAGAGAGACAGAUACAGCAUUGAAUAUAUAAACACAGGUGUCCUAUCAGCUGACACUCUGUAUGUGAGCAUCACACAGCUGAAGAAGUCUGACUCAGGACAGUACAGAUGUUAUUUGGAGAGAUCUUUCAGUCCAGAUUCAUCUGAGGAUUUUAAGAUCACUGUCACAGAAGCUUCAACCACUUCACAACCAACAUUAACUCCUGGAACUUUUUCAUCAUCAGCAUUUCUCACAUCAGCCUCCACUUCACCAACAUCAUCAUCAUCAUCAUCACCAACAUCAUCAUCAACACUCAGUUCAAGUUCAGGAAGCUCUACAUCUUCAUCAUCAUCCUCCUCCUCUGGAGCCACAGGGCAUCAUGAGGCAUCACCUACAGAUCUGAUCCUUUACGUGGCUCUGACUCUAGUCUUCAUGAUCAUCAUCUUAUCUGUGGCUUUGAUGAUUUUCUGCAAGUGGAGGAGGACCAGGAAACCAAAAGGGUCUCCCAUAGAAUCAGUCCACACUGACAUCACAAGGACCGACCAGCUGUAUGAGGAGAUCAGAGAGGACAAACAGAGCAGUUCACCUCCUGAGGGAAUAUCUACAGUCUACACCUGCGCUAAAUAUGUCAAACCAAACGGAGCUGAAAGCUCAGAUGACUACAGCCUCAACCAGAGUCCUCAGGAGAGAGUCAGUAGAACUGUGGAUGAAGACGACUCCAGUAAACUCGAUUACUCUGAAGUGGAUUUUUCCAACGUUGCUGUCAAGUCACACAACAGUGCCCUGGUUGAUAAUGUCAUUUACUCUGCACCUAAGACAGAGACCAACUCUACCAACCACGCCAUGGGUGCUUCACCUCCUCUGUACUCCACUCUACAGUAGUAAUGCUGCUAUCUCAGUGGUCAACAGGUCAACUCAUUUCACACAAAAGUCACUUUCUAUCUGUGGUGAGGACUCCUGAACAGUUAGCUUCAGGUUCAAGCUGUUUUAUUGAGGCUUUUAGUUUAGAUUAAGGAUCAUUCUGCUUAAUUCUAACUUUACCGUUAAUAGAACUACAACUGGCUCCUGAUAAUUGUUAACACAUAACAGGGACAUAACAGAGUAUAUUGGUCCAAACCAGGGGGUCAGUCUAACCAGACU